AUGACCAUGAUCGGCAAGAAAGGAAUUUCCAUGAGCACCGAACGACCUCGUAUCGGACCAACGACGUUGCACGGCGUUGUUGACACCAAGUUUCUGAAUCUAUUGCUUUCAGGCCCACACCAAGCCGGUGUAAGCAGCAGCUAUGUCUGCGCAUUGGACGAAUGCGCAAAGCAUGCAGCUUACAUACUCUCCGAAGCCAAGCGUCGAGCAAAUGGGAAAGCUUCCGCCGUUGCACCGACUGCUGAGGCUGCGGAGGCUGCGGAGGACUGGGCUGCACGGAUCGCCAUGUAUGCGGGGGUGAUGGCGCCGAUGCUCGGGUGUACGCCGGGGUAUUACAAUCUCGAGGGUGAUGUGACGCGCGUGCUGGUCGAGUAUCAGUCUGUCAUGGCACGGUCGACUAUCUGGGGGGGCUGGGAUCGAUAG